AUGGAGUCACUUCAAUUGCAUUCUGACGAAGCAGUGCGAACCAGACCCCAGCGGGAGAUACGGCUACCACAGCAUCUGGAUAACUUUGAAGUUGGAUAUCAACCUUCAGUUACAACCCCUUCUGCAGUCAUAACCCUGCCUGCAUCGACCACUACAGCUGACUCUGGAGAAGCUGCAGUACCCAAACUGGUGGAACUAUCUCCACGUAGAGAGAAACCACACUCACGCCGAAGCUCAGUGUCUUCUCACCACAGCAGGAAAUCCCAAUCCUCAUUCCGCUCACUGUCCAAGGGCUCAGCAGUUGAUGGGCUAUCCGAGCUACAGAGUGCCAGGUUGGAGGAGAGAAUGAAGCGUAUGGAACUAGCAGAAGCACAGAGGCAAGUCAUGGAGCAGACCUUAGUGGACGAACAGUGCCUACUACUGGACAGACAAGCACGAGACGCCCUUAACGAGCAAGAGAUGGCACACAAGGCAAAAGAGGCUAUUUCCAAUCAACAGAUACUGCAACGCCGACUGAAAGAGAAAGAGAUGGAAGUUGAGAGAGCGGCUCUAAUUGCAUCAUUCCUGACCGAAGACGAGAUUACGAGCCCAUGCACCUCGAGGCCCCUGAGUGACUGUGAGUAUAACCCCAAGCUCUUUGAUGGAGCUCUGCCUCUACCACCACACUCACAGGGCCCCCCUGGUCUACUCCAUUCUACUCCCUACCUUCCUGCUCCAUCCCCAGUCACUACUACAGCAGUUUAUCCCCCCGUCUCAAAUAACCCUUCACAAAUGUCUGUGCCUCAAGUCCAAGCCCCUGCUACCACAAGUAUGACUACGCAAUCUACUUACAUCACCAAGCCUCCUCCCCCCAAUCCAGCACCAAACUUUUCUCUACUGCCAUCCCAAGUGCAGUUUCCUGUCCCACUCCCCCAAGCUCGAGUGCAACACGUGCCCCCGCCACAUCUACAGCCAGUGCCAAAGGUUACAAACAACAUACCUUUUCCCGUGCAGCAGCCCCUACCACCGCAUGUCACUGCACCACCCCCCGGCUUAAGAGGAGCACCUGGCACAGAUCUGAUGGAGCUACUAAUCGCUACAUCAUACGGCAUUCCCAAACCCGCACUACCCCACUUCACUUCCGGUAAAGAAUCAGACUUCACCCUUCUCAAGAUGGCUCUGGACAAUCUGCUCAGUUCACACGCCCAUCUUGCAGAACAGUUCAAAUAUCAAGUCCUCCUUGACCAUUUGAAGCUCCCAAGCGCCUAUAAACUCGCCCAAGCUUAUAUGCACGACCCUAAGCCAUACACAUCGGCGCUCCAGGCGCUUCAGGAUAAAUACGGCCAGCCACGACAGCUUGUACAGAGUGAACUGGGUGCCAUAUUGAAUCUACCACCAAUCAGGUAUGGAGAUCCAGAAGCAUUUGACGACUUUGUUCUGUCAGUACAAGCUUUAGUGGGCAUGCUUCGUUCCCUGGAGGGUGAGAAUGGCUACGAACUGAGAUGUGGCUCUCACGUUGACCGGCUGCUCAGCAAACUACCCGCCAACUACCGAGAUAGUUUCAUCGAGUACAGCAUCAGCCACAACAUCCUAAGAACUGGUACAGAUAAGACCUACACUCUUAUCGACUUCUCAGCCUGGCUCCAACUCAAGUCACAAGCUAAACGCAUCUCUACCAGGGCAGCGCUCAUGUUCCAAGAUCCGCCAAAGCCCCAGAAGAAACACCCAUCCAACGUGUACUACAACACAGAGAGCCAAGCCAGACUGACUCCUCCCAAUCCAGCCAGUAGCACCACUCCCAAGGCUAACCCUAGCUUCAAGCCAUACUGCCCCUACUGCGACAACAGAGAGCACUACCUCAGCCUGUGCCCAAAGUUCAAAGCACUCUCCACGGCAGACGUUUCUGCAUGGAUCAAAGGCCGAAGCUGUUGGAGAUGUGGACGAAAUCAUCCACCUGAGGCAUGCACUCUGAAGAAACCCUGCCACACUUGCAAGCAGUUACACCUCACAGUGCUGCAUGAAGUAAGCCAGCCCGAGCCGAAGCGGGUUCUAAUGGUCAGCACGUCCCCAGACACCAUCUACGUUGACCGUCCAAGCCGUCCACAACGAGUCAUGCUUAAGCUAGUAAAGUUACGCCUAUACAACGCUGAGCACUCACUGGAAGGGUUUGCCAUCCUUGACGACGGAUCCGAGAGCACACUCAUUAUGCCCUCUGCAGUCCGACACCUCCACCUAACCACCGAACCAGAGAGUCUUCCUCUACGCACCGUUCACCAUGAAGUGAUCCACCUGCAAGACUUCAAAGAUCCUCCUGCAGACUACAAAGGUCCUCCUGCAGACUACAAAGAUCCUUCUGCAGACUACAAAGGUCCUCCUGCAGACUACAAAGAUCCUUCUGCAGACUACAAAGGUCCUCCUGCAGACUACAAAGACCCGGGUUGGUUCUGA